AUGUCUAAUACUCUUAAAUAAAUUGGUGUGGAAUGGUUGACAUUUCCUAAAUCGAGAUAAGAUGAAGCUAUCCAUUAAUAAACAAUUUUAAGAUUAAAUUCUUUUAUUCAUUUUGAAAAUGAGAUCUUCAAUUGGAAUAACAUAAUUGCCAAACCAGAACUGAUUGAGAUUAAGGCAAAAAAGCCAAUAUAAUACCUUAGUCCUGAAACUAUUGAAGAUGAUUUAUUGUAAAAUGAUGCUUAAUGGCCUGUAAAAUAAAAUGAAAAUUUUUUAGUUUGCUGAAAACUCUUUGUUUCUUUUCAAAUCAGAUAAUCCAUUUAGAAUGAGUUUAUUUAAGUCCUUUAAUGAAAAGUUAUUUAUUUAGGUCAUGAGAUUUAUUACACUUUUAAAUAUAAUAGCAGUUUGUCUUUAUGAUUAUUAAUCGAGAAUAAAUAAAUAAGAUGAGAACAGAAAUCGAAUUUCAAUAACCAUGGAAAUAUUUUGUAACAUAAUAUUUGGUUUAGAAUGUUUUGGAUCUAUCAUAGUAAAGGGAUUUGUUUUAGGAAGAAAUGCCUAUUUAAAAUCUUGGUGGAAUGUUGUAAAUUUUCUAACAUUUAUUUCCACUUGGUCAAUAUUGGGUGAUAUUAACAGUGAAAAUCAGUUAAUUCAUAUUUUGAGAGUAAUACGAUUGUUUCGAGCAUUACGUCUAAUUUAAGAUUCUAAAAUUUUAAAAAAGCAAUUUGACGCUUUUAUUGGAAGUUUUUAAAGAUUAGGUCCUAUUUUGAUACCAUUGUUAUUUGUAGUUCUCUAUUAUAGUAUUAUUGGUCUUCAUUUAUUUAUGGGAAUAACAGAAUAUAGAUGUAGAGAAACACCUGUACCAGUUAAUUAAAAUUGGUAAGCUGUAGAUGAUAUCAAAUUCUUAUGUGGAAUUUGGGAAUGUCCUGAUAAUUCAUAUUGUGGAUCAUUAGCAGAUUAUAAUUUACAAAGAAAUAUGACUGAAAAUGUUAUUGAAUAGUUUGGUUUUGGGUUUAUACGUUUUGAUGAUUUCUUUUAUUCAUUAUUUGUUGUCUUUACAUUUUUAAAUGUUACAGGAUGGUCUGGAACUACUUUUAUGUUUUGGAGAGCAAUGACUACCUAUAUAACAGCAUUUUAUUUUGUUUCUUUAAUCUUCAUUUUGUAUCAUUAUUAUUCUAAUCAUUAGGGCUUAUUUAUUAUCAAAUUUAUUAUUAGCUUCAUUUUAUGAAUCAUUUUUGGUUUUAAGUUCAAUAAAAAGAAAUAAAAAUAUGGAUAAUGAAUAGGAAGUUAUUGAAAAUGAAAUUAUGAAAAAAAAAUAAUAAUAAAUUAUGACUAGAUUAGCUUAAAUAAAUGAAUAAAAAUCAAAAAAAAGAAAUACUAAAAAAAAAUACUAAAUAUCACUUUAUUAUUAAGAUGAAGAAGACUAAUAAAACUUCUUAUCAGAACAUUUUUAGAAAUUCUUAAACAUUUCAACUAUAAUUGCUAAAUCUAAUGCUUUUAAAUAUAUUAAUUGUGCAGUUAUAAUCAUGUCUGCAAUUGUUAUUGUUUCUGAUCAUCAUAAAAUAAGUCCAUAAAAGUAUAAAUUUAAUAUUUAUUUUAAGUUAUCAAAACUUAUUAAUCCUUGAUUUUAUUUGUAUCAUAUUUUUUAUUUUUGAAUUCAUUAUCUCUUUAUGGGGAAAUGGUUUAGCAGAAUAAUUUAAAGAAAUUAUAGAUAUAUUCGAUUCUAUUGUGAUCAUUUCUUAAAUUAUAUUGAUGAUUGUAUUGUUUUUUCUUGGCGAACCCAUAAUCUUAAAUAAUAAUAGAUAUAUUAAUCUUGUUAAAGCAUUUAAAAUGUUACGUUUAGUAAAUUAAUUUUUAAUAUUAGAUAAAAUUAUUAUAUAUUGCUAGAAUUUUCUAUUCCAUUAGUGUUCUUGCAAGAUGUUUAAUAUAAACUCUAAAUAAAAUCAAAGAUAUGAUUUUACUUUUUAUAAUCAUAAUAUUAGUUACAUCCCUUUUUGGAUAAGAAUUUUUAGCAUAUAAGGUGAGAUUUGAGUAAUUAGAAAAUGGAUCAUUUUAACCUGUUGAUUCAAGUGAGGGUAUAUCAGCUCCGAUAAAUUAUGAAGGUUUAGGAAAUUCUUUGAUGGCAGCCACCAAUAUCUUUUAUAAUGAAGAGUGGCAUAUUACAAUGUUAUUAUAUGGUGAAAAAAUAUGGGUUUCACUAUUUUAUCAUAUUUUUUUUAUUUUAUUAGGUCAGAUUCUUUUUUUAAGAUUAUUAUUAGCAGUAUUCUUAAAUGAAUUUUGCAAUUAAUUGAAAAAAAUAGAAUAAGAAAUUAAACCUAUUAAUUUUACAUAAUAUUAUAAGAAUGCUGUUGGAUUUUUUGCUUAAAUUUUAAAAAAGAGAUAAAGGGCUAAAAUCCAUAGUAUUACAUAAAAUAUUAAUGCAGCUCAUUAAUAAUAAGCAAAAAUGUAAGCAUAAACAUAAGGACAUGAACCAAAAAAAAAUGUAAAACUUUCCAUGUUUUAUGAAUUAAAAGCACAAAAAGAUGUUAUUAAUGCAAAUAACGAUUUAAUGGACUAUAAAGUUUAAACACCAACAAAUAUUCUUUGUAAAAUUAAUUUAAUAUAUUUUUUAAGCUAAUAAAGAAAGUAUAAUAGAUUGUUUGAGAAAACCAGAAGAAAAAAAAGAUGGUUCUGAUGAUUAAGUUAAAGAUCAUAAUAUUGAAGAAGAAGUAAAUGAAUUAGAUGAUGAAUCAAAUGAUAAUGAAAAUAUUAAAUCUCCUAGCCACGCAAAUGACCAUACUUCAUCUAGAAAAAUGAAUCAAAAUAUUAGAAAAUCCAUGCGUAGAGAAAACUCAGAAAAAACUCUUUUUAUUUUUGCUCCUGAAUCAGAUUUUAGAAUGUUAGUGACUGCUUUAGUAACAAACAUCUAAUUUAGAAUAUUUAACUUUGCUUUAAUUUUACUUACAUGUAUAAGGAUUGCUUUAUUAAGUCCUUUAGAAGAUCCUAAUUCAGAUAUUUCAUUUAUAUUACAGGUUGGGUAUAUAUUUUUAACAGUAUUUUAUAUUUUGGUUAUUCUUUUGAAUUGCAUAGCUUUUGGAUUAUAUAAAAAUGAACAAUCCUUUUUUAGAUAAUCAAUUUAUAAUAUAUUCUCUUUUGUGAUCACUAUAGUUGAUUUAAUAACAUUAAUUUUUGAUAUAAGUCAUCCAUUAAGCAAAUUUGUGACAUCUUUAAGAAUUUUAUAAUUUAUAUAGAUUGGAGCAGUAUUUUCUAAAAAUAUUGCGUAUGCCUAAGCAUCAUUAUUGAAUGCAUUUACAUAGAUGAUAUAGUUAACUAUAUUUUGUUUAAUAUUGUUAGCAAUAUAUGGAGUUUUGGCUUUAAAAUUAUUGAAAGGAACAUUUUAUUAUUGUGAUGCAUAUGAUGGAAUGUAUAAGGAUUUAAUAAUAAAUAAAGAAGAUUGCUUUGAUUAUGGAGGAUCAUGGGUAAAUUAGAUAUUAACAUUUGAUACAAUCUUUCAAAGUAUAUUGAUUCUAUUUUGUACAGCAACAUCAGAGAAUUGGAUUCCAUUAGUAUAAUAAGCUUGGAAUGCUGUAGAUGUAGAUCAUUAACCUAUUUAGAAUUAUAAUAGAAUAUAUGCUUUUUAUUUUUAGUUAUUUUUCUUUUUGGGUAAUCUAUGUUUAUUAAAUAUGUUUAUUGGUCUAAUUGUGAAUGCUUAUUAAGAGGCAAAGAUGAAAGCUUAAAACUUUCAUUUACUUGAUGAAACUUAAAGAGAAUGGUUUUAAAUUAAAAUGCAAAUAUAUAAUAUGUAACCUUUGGUCAAAUCUAAGAAACCUUCAAAUUAUAUAAGGAAAAUACUAUUUCAAAUGGUAAAAUAAAAGUAUUUUAAAAUAUUUUGGUUAAUAAUAAUAUUUUGUAAUACUAUAGUUUUAUCACUCUAUUUUUAACGUUCAGAUUAGAAGGUAGAUGAAGAUUAUAAUUAAAUAUUAGAUAAUAUAAAUAGUGUUUUUGUUUUUAUAUUUGCUUUUGAAAUAAUAUGUAGAUUUUUGGCAAAGGAUAAAAGUUUAUAUUUUAAGGAUAAUUCAAACAUUUUGGAUAGUAUUGGUAUUUGGUGGGCAAUAGCAAAUUUAUUCAUUCGCAAUCAUGAGGAUUAUAAUUUUUAUUUUAAAAGAAUUUCAAAUGCUAUAUCGAUAGCAUUUUAAUUAUAAAGAAAUUUUAGAAUAAUAAAGUAUAAUAAAUAGAUUUAUAAAUAGGCGUUUUAAUAAUUUAGAGAAAUUAUUUUCAUCAAUUUUUUCUGUAAUUCCAAAUUCAUUGUCUAUGCUCUUUAUUAUGUUUAUAUUUUUAUUUAUUUAUACAACUUUAGGAAUGGAUAUGUUUGCUUUUAUAAGAACUUAAUCAAAUUUAAAUGGAUGGGAUUAACAUUUUCGUAAAUUUUCUACGGCAAUGUUUUCUUUAAUUAAAGUUGCAAGUUCAGAAAGUUGGUGGUUUAUAAUGAUAGAUACUUUACAUGAAUAAUAACCAAAUUUUGCAUGUAAUUAUAUGUCAACAUUUGAUGAUUUUUAAAAAUAUGGUUUUAAUGGAUGUGGAACGCCUUAUGCUUAUUUGUAUUUUGUUUCUUUUCAUUUAAUAUUUUCAUUAAUGAUUUUAAAUUUAUUGAUUGCAUCUGUACUUGGAGCAUAUGAAGAACAUGUUAAGAGUGAAGAAUCUGCAGUAAGUAAAUAUUAAUUAAAUGAUGUAUUAUCACUUUGGCGUAAUUAUGAUCCUGAAGGAAAAGGUCUUAUUAAUUAUAAAGAUUUUUGGAAAUUAUCAUCUGAAAUUGCUAUAAUUUUUGGAGUUGCUUAAGAUGAUUUAUUAGAUGUAAAUAAUAAAAAGAAUUUUCUUAAAGUUUUAAACAUUCCAAUAUAUGAAUCAAAGGAAUCAAAUAUGCUUUGUUAUUAAUUUCAUGAUGUCAUCCUAUCUUUGACUAAAAUAUCAGUAACACUUAAAUAUGGAGUGACAAAGUAAUAUAUUUAUAUAUAUCAUAAUAUUAGUUUAGAACCAACUGAUAAGGCUGUUUAAUAAAAAUUAAGGAUUUAAUUAGGAGAUCAUUAAAGGAAGGAAUCUACUAAUAUGUUUAAACCAACUAGUUUUAAUAGUGGUGAUAUGGUUGCAAUUAUUUACAUUUAAAAAAAAUUUCGAUUAUGGAAGAAAAGAGUUUAGCUUAAGAGAGAGGGUGGAGAUUAUAAAAUUAUUUAUAAUGAAAUGUCAGAUCUCAAAAAUUUAGUUCGAAAAUAAAUAGAAAUGGAAGAAUAAGAUUUAUAAUCUAAAAAACCAGAAUGAUUUAUGUGAUACCUAACCUUUGUUAUUUAGAUGUG